UAUGCUAAGUUAAGGUUAAAAGAUUUCCUUAAAAUAAUAUUUUUAGUGUGAUUUAAAUAAAAUCUAUUUUUAAGUGAAGUGUAUUUAUGUGUAUAAAAUGUAAUUCUAAAAAUAUUAUUGGCAUCAACAUCGGGAUAGAUAAAAUAUAAAAUGAGUUAUGAAGUACUAAGUUGGGAUAAGAUAGGAUUUGGUAAUUUUGGUAAUUCUUCCAAUAACAGGCUGGAAGAUGCACAAUCGAAAAAUAAAGUGGAAACAAAGCUUAUGUCUAUGUGGAAUAAUAUGAAAUAUGGCUGGACAGUUAAAAUUCGUACAAAUUUCUCAAAAGAGCUCCCAGUUUGGCUUUUGGGCAGAUGCUACCACAAAAAAUCUCCAUCGCCGGAGUCUUCGGUGGAAGUUUUGGGUAGCUCAAUUAGUUCCAUGGAACUGGCUACUGAUGCAACCGGCAUGGAUAAUGUUUGGGAAGGAGAUAAUUGCAACCCAACGGUUAACCUAACCGCGUUUGAUAGAUUUUUAUUAGAAGAAUUUAACUAG